AUGUCUUUAGCAGACGUGAAAAGAGAACAGGUAUCAACGAAAUCAUCAAAUGGGGGUAUACCAGCAAUAACGGGCCAAAUUGAUUACUCUAAAGCCAUUCAUAUUUUUCCCGAUGCACUACAACCAUUUAGAUCUACGAUAUUAGCAUACGGGGCAUCCUUUUUAUCUACGACAGUUGGUUUUCCUAUGGAUACUGUGAAGACUCGAAUGCAAACACAUAAACAUUUUUUGAAUUAUCUUGAUUGCGUAAAGAAGACUUACCACCAUGAAGGUGUUCCGGGAUUUUUUAGAGGUAUAUGGGCGCCAUUGAUAUCAACCUCCAUAUCGAAAUCACUCAGUGUUAUGAUUUUCACUGAAGUCAAACCACACUGUUAUAAUUUGAUCUACGGUAAACACGACACUCAGAACACCGUGCAUCCGUUACUUCGUAACGUCCCCGUUUGUAUGUUGUCUGGUACGUUAGCCGGAGCAGGUAUUUCAUUAUUUGCAUGUCCUUUUGAAUUUACUAAAAUUUAUGCCCAAAUAUUGAAACUUAUUCAAAAAAAAUCGAUGAAGGAUUUACCAAAGCAUUUGCAAACAAACCAUCAAGAAAUUAAAAAUAUUUCGACUACACAAACAAUACGUCAAAUUUUAAAGCAUGAAGGCAUAAGAGGUUUAUAUUCUGGAUACAAGUAUCACUUGAUUCGAGAUUCAUUAUCUUCUGGUAUUUAUUAUUCAAUAUAUGAAUCAAUGAAAUGGACCAUGAAUGAGCUUCUAAAAACUGAUUCUAACGAAUCUUCUCAUAUAUCAAUUCUCAUGGCCGGUGGGUUUUCAGGUAUCUUUAGUUGGAUUUUAAUCUUUCCAAUUGACACUACAAAGUCCCUUAUUCAAAGGGACCUGGUAACAAAUAUUUUGAGGAAAGAGCAAGGCUUGGAGCCGUUGCCAGUGAAGGAAAGAAAAUUAGAGGGAUUUCAUAGAAAGCUUUAUAGAGGUUUAGGUAUUUCAGUGACAAGAUCGUUCAUAGUUAACAUGGUUUUUUUCAGUGUUUAUGAAUUUGUCAUGGCUCAUGUUGCUUAA